GUUUGUGAAGAGUGACUUAUUUUUUGUAAACACAAAUUGUCAGAAUUUAAUUGAAUUUAUAUUUAUGGUCUGGCAAUGUUAAUUGCUUCUCCAAAUAAAUAAAAACAACACCAACAACAAAUCGGCGAGAAGCAGAGUAGAGUUCAGGUUAAUGGAAUUUGUUUGCAAUUGAGCAACAAAAAUUGCAAAAAAUAUAUUGUUUUUAUUUUGCCGAAGCUUUGAUGUUAAUGAUCGCCGAAAAGCCAGAGAAAGGAAGAAGGCUAAUUAGCUCCAGGAAAACAGCGAAAUAAAUGCAUUACGUUAUUGUAGAUUAAAAAAAACUUCGAGAAUAAAAUGUUAAAGGGUAAAGGACAGCGUUCCUUUGAGGAAGUAUGGCCAGAUAUGCGAAUAAUUGUUCUCAAACUGCUAAAACAGGAAACCGUUUCACAAGUUGAAUGGCAAGAUUUGUUUUAUGGAGUCCAUUUGGUGUGCUUGUGGGAUGAGAAAGGUGCUGCAAAAAUUUACGAUUGCCUACGUAACGAUGUUGUGGAAUUUAUAGCCCAUGCCCAGCUUAAGGUCCAGUCUCAGAGGGGUGAACAUGCUCUGCUCACAACCUAUAUCAUUGAAUGGCGCAAAUUCUUUACUCAAUCCAGUUACCUGCCUCUACCAUUUCGCCAGUUGGAACAUGUGUUUCAAUCCAAAACAUCAUCUUCGUCGUCCGGUUGUUCUGCUUCAACUUCCGCCUCAAGUUCCUCAACGUCUGCUGCAUCGACUUCGGCAGCAGCUGCUGCUGCCGGCACUUCCUCUGCAACAGCGUCUUCAUCAUCGUCAGGCUCCAAAAAGAAUCCCACCGAAGACAGCAUUGUGCGCAAACUAAUGCUAGAUUCUUGGAAUGAACACAUAUUUAAGGAUAUCAAGGAUCGCCUGCAAGAAUCGGCAAUGAAAAUAGUGCAUGCCGAACGCAAUGGCGAUGCCUACGAUGCCCAACUGGUAAUUGGUGUUAGAGAAAGCUAUGUUAAUCUGUGUUCCAAUCCAGAAGAUAAAUUGCAAAUCUAUAGAGAAAACUUUGAAGCUGCUUAUUUAAAAGCAACAACUGCCUUCUAUCGCUUAAAAGCCACUGAACAACAACAAGCUAACGGUGUUUUGGCCUUUAUGAAAUAUGCCGAUGCAAAAUUGCGCGAAGAAGAAGCUCGAGCUAAGCGGUACUUGGAACCUAGUAGUUAUGCGGUUUUGGCACAGACCUGUGUUAAAGUUCUCGUCGGCGAUCACAUGAAUACGAUUAUUGCAGAAUGUGCGCCCCUCAUUAAGGAAUAUGAAACAGAUCGUUUGAACUUAAUGUUCCGUCUACUGGAUCGUGUUCCCAAUGGUGUUGAUCCUAUGCUACGUGAUUUGGAGAAUCAUAUUGUUUCUGCCGGUCUUGCCGAUAUGCUAUCGGCAUCGGAAAUUAUUACUCAAGACUCUGAGAAAUAUGUUGAACGUCUGUUGGAAUUGUUUAAGAAAUUCAGUGCUCUCGUUAAGAAUGCCUUCAACGAUGACCCACGUUUCCUAACUGCCCGCGAUAAGGCAUUUAAGACGGUGGUCAAUGAUACGAGUGUCUUUAAAUUGGAAUUGCCAACUGGUAUACAAAAUCGUGGAGUUAAAUAUACGGCACCGGAAAGUAAAUGUCCUGAAUUGUUGGCCAACUACUGUGACAUGUUGUUGCGUCGGACACCGUUAAGCAAACGCUUGACUAGCGAACAAAUUGAUGCACGUCUCAGGGAUGUUUUAUUGGUAUUGAAAUAUGUUAACAAUAAGGAUGUAUUCAUGCGUUAUCAUAAGGUUCAUCUAACAAGAAGACUCAUAUUGGGUACUAGUGCUGAUAGUGAAAAGGAAGAAGACAUUGUUGAAUGGUUGCGUGAAGUUGGUAUGCCCGCUGACUAUGUGAAUCGUUUGGCACGUAUGUUCCAAGACAUUAAAGUUAGUGAAGACUUAAAUACACAAUUUCGAAAUUCCACUGGCCGUCAUGAUGCCAUUAAUAUAAAGAUUUUAAAUGCUGGUGCUUGGGCACGUUGCUCAGAGCGUGUUUCAGUAAGUUUACCCCUCGAACUGGAAGACUAUAUUCCCGAUGUUGAAGAAUUCUAUAAGAAAAAACAUUCCGGCCGCAAAUUGCAAUGGUAUCAUCACAUGAGCAAUGGCACAAUAACAUUUGUCAACAAUUUUGGUCGUUAUGAUCUAGAUGUGACAACUUUCCAAAUGGCCGUACUCUUUGCUUGGAAUCAAAGACAACACGAUAAAAUUUCAUAUGAAAAUUUAAGAUUAGCCACUGAAUUGCCAGAUCCCGAGCUAAGGCGUACACUAUGGUCCUUGGUCGCAUUUCCCAAAUUGAAAAAGCAAAUUUUGUUAAUGGAACCCAAUUGCCCAUCACCUAAGGAUUUCACAGAGAAUACCUUGUUUUAUGUUAAUCAAGAAUUUGCUGUUGUUAAGAAUGGCAAAUCCCAACGUAGGGGCAAGUUGAAUUUAAUUGGCCGUUUGCAAUUGAGUACUGAACGUUCGAUACAAGAAGACAAUCAAUCAAUUGUUCAAUUGCGUAUUUUACGUGUACAGGAGGCAAUCAUAAAAAUUAUGAAAAUGCGUAAACGUAUGAAUAAUGCCACACUACAGGCCGAAUUAAUUGAUAUUUUAAAAAAUAUGUUUUUACCCUCGAAGAAAAUGAUUAAAGAGCAAUUGGAAUGGCUUAUCGAACAUAAAUAUAUGCGGCGUGAUGAUGAUGAUAUCAACACUUUUAUAUAUAUGGCAUAAGUUUACAUACACUUGGUUUUUUACACUGUCACAUACACAUACAUGAAGUAUAUGCUACCUAAAUUAUAUACAUAGGAAGAAUGGGAAUAUUUUUAUUAGUUAUGCUCGAAAAAAAGAAAACAAUAAUUUUGAUUUGCUUCAACUUACAGGAACUCUUUUGGGAAAGGAGUCGACUACUAGUUCUUAUGAAGAAAGUAAGCAAAACAAAAAGUCCUCUUGUUGCAAAGAUUGGAAAACAAAGCUUAAAAUCGAGUUGUGAAUACAUUCAAGCCAACGUUGCAACAUUUUUACCGAUUUUUCUAUACUUGCCUAUUCUUUUUACCACAGAAAUUUAAUAUUCAUACCAUUGGCAUACAUGUUAUAUCUUACUACAUCUCAUAGUGGUAUAAAAGAUAUGAUAUUUUUUUUAAGCCAGUCAAUGGGCAACUAAGAAAAAUAUUACAGUGCAUGGUAAAAAGUGCGAUGAGAAUAUAUUUCUAUUAUAGAGAAAUAUAUUAUCAAAGUGAUUGUCAUACAGCAAACACAAUAUUCCAAAUUCAAAAUGUUCGCUCAUUUUAAAAUUAUUCCUUUGUCAAAGUUAAUAGAAUCUCUGUGAUUUUUACACUGUAAUCAGGAAGCUAUUCACAAGGAAAAAGUAAAGCAGAAUUUUCUCAAAGAGCCUGUUUUACAAUAUAUUCUUUCGUAUCUUUGGGGUUUCCGUAAACAUUUUACCGUUGUCUUUGAUUAUAAAUAAUUUUGUUUUUAUUUUUUUUUUUUUUUCAAAUUUUGUAUUUAAUUUUUUUUUUUUUGUUAAAAACGUUUUUAUUUUAUACCAUAUAUUUGUAUUUUACUUAUUGGCCUCAUAUCGCAUUUCCCUUCAAUAUUGUGUAAAAAAUUAUAUGAAAAAUGUUUCUAUAUUUUACAUUAGAAUAUCAUAAGUUGUAUGUACAUUAUAUCUAUAUAUUUUAGUUAUAAGAUUCUAAAUUUUUAAAUUAUAUAUUUUCCUUCUGCAACAUAUUUAAAACAUUGCUUAUGUUUCUUUUUUCGCAAGAGAAUUUUACAUUGUGUUCAAAAUCGAUUACAAAACAUUCAAGUCAGUAUUGAUUCAAAAGCUAUAGGGCAGCUCCAGUUUUCUUUUACACAUUUUGAUUUGCUCAUCAAUCCAGCUUUAAGCGAGAAAAAAAACGGCAAUUUAAAUUAAAAUCUAUAAUUGUUUCAUACUUUUUUAUGUGAUCAUUCUAAAACUUAAAUGUUAUAUGAAAUAAAACUGAUAAUAUUACAUAGCUGGAAUAAAAUGUCAUCAAUUUAAUACAAAUAGUCUUCAUUUCAGUUUACAAUGCAAAUAAUGUCCCAACACAUAUGUACAUUUUGAUUUUUUUUAUUCCAAUGUUUUAAACUGUUUUCUAUCCACUAAAAAUAAGAAAAGUCUGUCUAUAAAUUCUAAAUUGGAAUGAAAACGAGUUAUGAGUUAUGUUCAUAUUAUGGAUUAAAUCGGAAGCAAAUAAAACAUAUAAUUUCAUAUAGAAAUAAGCAAUUCAUUUGCAUAAACAUAAAAUGAAAAAGAAAUAAAAAUAAUGUUCGAGUUUAAUAAAAAAUAA